AUGACGCGGGUCCUGCCUCAUUUUUCUGCUCCAAACGGGCCUCAGGAUACCAGUUUUUCCUAUUUGUUAGUGGUUCUGAUUUCAUUUCUAGCUUUCCGUGGGUUAUAUUUCCUCGGUAAAGCUACUUUCACUCUGCCGCCAGGUCUUUCUUCGAAGAAGGAGUGGCUUUAUUUGAAUACUUUGAUCUCUUUCAUUCACGCGUGCAUUUCAUCUGUGUGGUCGAUUUUUUGGUAAGUGAAAAUAACGCCAUUAUAUUUCUUGGUGUUGAUACAUUAAUGCUCAAUGAUUGUCUGUCGUACGUGAGAAUUAUUUGAUAACGCUAACAAAGAAUGUACACAAUUUACAGUUUCUACCAUAAACCUUCAAUGCUCACUGACCUGGUGAGAUCAGAUCAGUUGAGAUCAGAGUGGAGCUUGCCUUCGACCUGUUUGUUAGCAUUUCUGAUAGGU